CUUCUCCAUGGACGACCGCAUCGCCUGGACCCACAUCACCAUCCCCGAGUCCCUGAAGCAGGGCAAGGUGGAGGACGAGUGGUACAGCCUGAGCGGGCGGCAGGGGGACGACAAGGAGGGCAUGAUCAACCUGGUCAUGGCCCACACGUCCCUGCCGGCCGCCGUGAUGAUGCCGCCCCAGCCCGUGGUCCUGAUGCCCACUGUGUACCAGCAAGGCGUGGGCUACGUGCCCAUCACAGGGAUGCCCGCCGUCUGCAGCCCCGGCGUGGUGCCCGUGCCCCCAGCCGUGAGCGCCCAGCCCCGCUGCAGCGAGGAGGACCUGAAGGCCAUCCAGGACAUGUUCCCCAACAUGGACCGGGAGGUGAUCCGCUCGGUGCUGGAGGCCCAGAGAGGGAAUCGGGACGCGGCCGUCAACUCCCUGCUCCAGAUGGGCGAGGACUCCUAGGCCCGCCGGCCCCCGCGGCCUGGGGCCGCCCCGCUCUCCGUAGCCCCUCCCCCGCGUCCGGAUGCAUGCGGGCUCCCCGUCCCCAGCCCUCCUGGCGGGUGCCCCCCGUGCAGGGGCAUGCCGGCGCAUCGGCGCAUCCUCCCGCCCCACGGGCCGGAGCCCAGUCGCCUUCGCUUGGGGAUGUUUCCGGAACUUGAGCUGAAAGCGCCUGCCUCUCCCUCACCGUUCUUUUGGUUCUGGGCCGCGCCGGUGCCCUGGGGCCGGGAAGCCGGCCCGGGCGCUUGCCACCAGGGCCGCGGCGGGGAGGCGGGAGCCCUGCCCCAUUGGCCUGCACCCAGUCGGUGCCCCGGGUGGAUCUGAGGGGAGGGCAGGUGCGGCCGGCCCUGCGGGCGGUGGGGGCGCAGGUGGUGGGCCCGCGGCUGCCCAGGCCCGGCUGAGAGACGCCCGGGGGGGCGUGGCCUCGCGGACGUGAGCACUUUAAUACAGGCGAUUCGAGGA